CUCCUCUUCUUUCUUUCUUUUCUUUUUUUGUUCUUUGCCCUUUACCCUUUUUUCAUGCACGUUUUCUACAUCCAUUGUUUCCGUUUAAUUUAUCUAAAUAAGAAACAAAAGACGCGUCUUCAUCCAGCAUUAACAACAAGCCAUUCUUUGUUGUAACUCACUCCACAUAACUCACCCACUCGAGUUUACUAUUCCAACUUUUAAGAUCAUUCUAUCUCAUCUUUAUUGCCCAUUGUCAUGUUUGUUAUCAAGCGAGAUGGAAGACGCGAAACCGUCCACUUUGACAAGAUCACUUCCCGCAUCUCCAAGCUAUGCUAUGGUUUGAACACUGACUUUGUGGACCCUCCUAGAGUAUCCCAGAAGGUUGUCCAAGGCAUGUACCAGGGUAUCACUACAGUCGAGCUUGACAAUCUAGCUGCUGAAACAGCUGCAUAUCUGACAACCAAUCAUCCAGAUUAUGCCACACUUGCAGCCCGUAUUGCCAUUUCCAACUUGCAUAAGGAAACCAAAAAGGUCUUCUCUACAGUCAUUGAAGAUCUCUAUACCCACUUCCACCAAAAGCUUAAAAAGAAUGUGCCCUUAGUUUCCAAGGAGACAUAUGAUAUUGUGAUGGAGAAUGCGGAUCGUCUCAACUCGGCCAUUAUCUACGAUCGCGAUUAUGGCUACAACUUUUUCGGAUUCAAGACCCUUGAAAAGAGCUAUCUCUUGCGUAUCAAUGAUAUCGUUGUUGAGCGUCCACAACACAUGAUUAUGCGUGUUGCAAUUGGUAUCCAUGGCCGUGAUAUUGAUGCUGCAAUUGAGACAUAUAACUUCAUGUCCGAAAAAUAUUUUACACAUGCGACUCCUACGUUGUUUAAUGCUGGAACACCUCGUCCUCAGAUGUCAAGCUGCUUCUUAGUUCAAAUGGCAGACGAUAGUAUUGAGGGCAUCUACGACACCUUGAAGACAUGCUCUCUGAUUUCCAAAGCUGCAGGCGGCGUUGGUAUUAGUUUCCAAAAAAUUCGUGCAUCGGGAUCAUACAUUGCUGGAACCAAUGGCAACUCGAAUGGCAUCGUCCCCAUGCUUCGCGUCUUCAACGAUACCGCUCGCUUUGUAAACCAAGGUGGCGGGAAAAGAAACGGAUCGUUUGCCAUGUAUCUGGAGCCUUGGCAUGCGGAUGUAUUUGAAUUUUUGGAUUUGCGAAAGAAUACUGGCCAUGAGGAACUCCGUGCACGUGACCUGUUCUUAGGUCUCUGGAUCCCCGAUCUCUUCAUGCAGCGCGUCCAGGAGGAUGGUGAUUGGCAUUUGUUCUGUCCAGGAGAGUGUCCUGGUCUAGAUAGAGUCUGGGGCCAAGAGUUUGUUGAUUUGUAUAACAAAUACGUGGCAGCCAACAAGCACCGCAGGGUUGUGAAAGCCCAAAAGUUGUGGUUUGCUAUUGUGGAUGCUCAGAUUGAGACCGGAAUGCCCUACAUGCUAUACAAAGAUGCUUGUAACGCCAAAUCUAACCAGCAGAAUCUGGGAACUAUCAUGUGCUCAAACUUGUGCACGGAAAUUAUUGAGUAUACUGCACCUGAUGAAGUUGCUGUCUGUAACUUGGCAUCGAUCGCCUUGCCAAAGUUUGUAGAUGUCAAGAACAAGUGCUUUGACUUUGAUCAAAUGCAUAUGGUUGUUAAGGUUGCGGCCAAGAACUUGAACAAGGUCAUUGACCGCAACUACUAUCCCGUCCCCGAGGCCGAAAAAAGCAACAAGCGUCAUCGUCCUAUUGGUCUCGGUGUCCAAGGACUUGCUGACGCCUUUGUGAUGCUCCGAUACGCCUUUGAUUCACCCGAAGCCCGUCAACUAAACAAGGACAUCUUUGAGACUCUCUACCAUGCAGCAUUGGAAGCUUCUUGUGAGAUGGCUAAGGAACAAGGACCGUAUGAGACUUAUGCUGGAUCGCCUAUUAGUAAGGGUAUUCUUCAGUACGACAUGUGGAAUGUCAAGCCUAGUGAUCGCUGGAACUGGGAUCGUCUUAAAGAGAAUAUCCAAAAGUAUGGAGUACGCAACUCACUACUGGUGGCGCCUAUGCCUACAGCCUCAACCAGUCAGAUCCUAGGCAACAACGAGUGCUUUGAACCUUAUACAUCCAACAUUUACCAACGUCGAGUUAUGAGCGGCGAGUUCCAGGUGGUGAACCAUCAUCUUUUGAACGAUCUGACUCAGAUGGGCUUAUGGAACGAGGCGAUGAAGAAUCAAAUCAUUGCAGCUAACGGGUCGAUCCAGGGUCUGUCAGAGCUAGAUGAUGAUUUUAAGAAGUUGUAUAGGACCAUUUGGGAGAUUCCACAGAAGGCAUUGUUGGAGAUGGCAGCGGAUCGUGCUCCAUUUAUUGACCAAUCACAGUCAUUGAACGUCUUUAUGUCAGAUCCAUCAUCCAGCAAAAUUACGUCGAUGCACUUUUUCGCAUGGAAGAAGGGAUUAAAGACAGGCAUGUACUAUCUCCGCUCGCGUCCUGCUGUGGAUGCGAUCAAGUUCACAGUAGAUCAACAAGCUUUGUUGGAGAGUUUGAAGAAACAAGCCCUAGUGGCGAAGGCUGUUAAGCAGCAAACAUCAAUUAAGACAUCGACAUCUGUGAAUGGAUUAACGACACCAGAACUGGAGUCUCCCAAGCUGGAUGAGGCAGAUCAAAAGGCACUCGAUGCCAUCAUGUGUUCACUUGAGAAUAAGGAAGCUUGCUUGAUGUGCAGCGGUUAA